UCCUAAGAGCUGUUUUUUCAAGUCUCUUUAGUCAAACCACCCUUACAAUAAAGCGUGCACGACUGCUUUCAAAAAGCGCCAGCAUAACUAUCUGCAUAUUCUAUCCCAAUCAGUCAGGCCUUGAAGACCUGCCAGGGCUCUCGGACUUUAGAACACAUCCUGACAAUGACUGAAAAGAAGACGACUCGGACCCUCAAGUCUGAUAUUGCCUCAAACAGCAAGAGACUCUGCAACGUCAAAGAGCCUAAGCCACAAGCAAAGAAAGAGCCAGAGGUGCCCAGCAAAAGGACGAGUAGCAAUCCAGGACCUACUGUCCUCAAAAAGGCAAAGCCCCCAGUGAAAGAACAAAGUCCCGCCGCUACAGAGAGUAACGAACCAAGCCUUAAGGUGAAUGAUAAGGCUGUUGGAAGCAUCAACAGUAGCCAGAGAGGAGAUUCGACCGUUCCAGUCAAAGACUCAAGCAGUCACCAAGCAGGCUAUAGGCAGAAUAAUUGGCCAGGACGAUGCUCAGCACUGCAGUUGGCCUGUCGUUCCGUCGCUCCUGUCGCUCCUGUCACGCCCUUUGAUGCUGGACCUGGAGCCCAGUACUACACUCUGCCUGUGGGACACUCUUGCGCCACUCGCUCCAUUCGGUAUACAGGCGGGAAAUCAACCAAAUGUACAGUACAGUACCCAGUGGGCAAACCCCUACCCAGAAUCAUUCUCCAGAGACAUGGCGUGGACGGUCACACAAAACUUCCCGUGGGAUUAGUUGCGCAAGAACAUGGAUGA